AUGUAUUCUGCAUCUCCUCGCGAUUGUCUCAACUCGACUGUGCAAGUACUGACUACGUCUGCUUGUGCGAGCGCUUCCACUUCCUCGAGUCUCCUCAUCUCUCCUCCGAUGCCUCUACAAAUACCUUUGAAAAUUGUGCCCAAGGAUGCCCGUUAUACGCUGGAAGACGUGAGGGCUCCUGGAAAAGUCUUGGAUCUCUGUGAAGCAGUCGGAGUUCCUACUGUGGUACUUCCAAGAUUCAUGGAAAACUCCAUGCGAAUCUACGGACGACAGAUACUUGAUGAAUCUUCUAGCAUAGGCUCUGGGCCAUCCACUCCAGCGACCGCCGAAACGGUGACCUCACUUCAGACGGAAUUUGGUGCGGCGGCAUCGACAUCCACAGGAACAUUCAUCGCAGAUCCAAGCAGUUCGUACACCAUCGUCUUUGUCUGGCAAGCCGGACCAUCGGUAGCGACUGUAGUUUCAACGACUACUGUGGCGCCUUGGGUGUCCCCUUUCACCUCGACAAUCACAGCAACGGACUCGCCGGUUGCAACUCGGAUUAUUGGAGUCCCCUACACGACAAGCACGUCAAGCGCUACAGUCUCAUCGAGUCCCACAAACACACCGGCACCUACACCUCCUCCAUCUGGCCUAUCUUUGGGCGCAAAGAUAGGAAUUGGUGUCGCGAUACCUCUUGCUGUCAUUGCGCUCGCUUUAGGCAUCUUCAUUUAUCUUCGGCGAAAACGGAAAGCGACUCGAAAGCACGUGGUAGAAACCCAGGAAACGGACGAUGGAGGACUUCCGGAACAUAUAUCCGAUAUUCCAAAAGUUGAUGUGUCAAAGUUUCCAGAAAACCCGAACGGGUUUCGCCAGGUGCAUGAAUUAGGGCAUGAUGACCAGUCGGGUGUAGUCAGACGAGAUGUACACGAGUUGAACAACGAGACGGCGCCAACGAGGCAUGAGAUGAUCGCUAGGGAAUCUCCUGGAGAUGUUGCUCUUACUAGGUCUGCGCACGAAGAUGGCUCACUGGCAUCAACCGGUGUUUCGAUAUCUCACCCUGGGCAUCAAGAAACCCCACCAGGAGUACAAUUCGCCCAGAGAAACCAAUCACCAAACCUAGUGACCAACCCGAAAGUGCACGACGUAGAAGAUGAUGAGGAAGUUCGUGAGAUGCAACAGGAGAUGGCGCAUAUCCAGGCGCGAAGGGAGCAAUUACAACGCCUUCAGGCUUUGGAAGCAAGAGAAGCGGAAUUGAAGAGAACGAUUGAAGAAAAGAAAGCUGCAGCAGAGUCUCAGACAUCUCACCAGACGUAAUUGAGUAAUGUAAAAUCCUGGCAAGCAGUUGUAGAUACGCGGAUGUGAUGUUUUGGUAAUCGGGAUAAUGGGGAUAGACAUCUUGCAUCUGGAAAGGGUUGCUCAAACAUUGCAUAGGGCAUAAUGUAGAUUUUAUGCUACCACAGCAGAAGACCUACAAGAAUUCUAACACAUAUAUAAUACGAGAUAAACUACGAAAUUUAGGACUACUUGCCAAUCUGAAGAAGCCUCGCUAAGUCCCUGAAGAUAGGCAGUCAGUGUUGUUCCCUGUCAAGACUGGGCUACUCCACUCCGACACGCGAACCAAGUUUUCAUUCCUUAAAGAUAGACUCAAGAAAAUAUUCUUGCAAAUUAUACAAGAAACAGUAUCUCAGCACGCUUCAAACCUAAAUUAUCGCUCGUCCAGUU